AUGUCUCGACCUAGGAAAUGGGCAGAUGUGUCAAUAGAUUUGAUCAAAGACCCAGACAACUUUGAAUUAUGGCAACAGCUAAUCGCAUCAGCAGAAUACAAUGAUAGGAGAGGGAUAGCGAAAUCAACCCCACCACCUCAACUACAAACACUACGAAUAUCAUAUGCUAGGUUUUUAGCCAAGUAUCCAUUCAUGUACAAGUACUGGAUACGAUAUGCUGAAUGGGAAUUCAAAUUGGUUGAUGUUGACGCCGCUGUGAAAGUUUAUGAAAAUGCAUUCCAACAUUUACAAUACUGCAUUGAAUUAUGGGUCAAUUAUUUACAAUUUCGAAUAAAUACAAUCACGAAUAAUGUCGAUCAAAUUUUAGGUCUUUUUGAAAAAGCAAGGAGGUUAAUUGGACUUCAUUUUUACAGUUAUGAGUUCUAUACUCUAUACUUGUCAUUUCUUGAAAGUUAUGCCACUGAAGAGAAUCAAUUCAAAAGGAAAUACUAUACGUUAUUGAGACUUAUCCUUGAGGUGCCCUUGUAUCAUUAUGAAUAUUUUUACAAAAAGUUCUUUGAAUUGAUCAAUCAAUUUGCAAGUGACUCGAAACACCAUCUGGAAUUGAAAUAUCUUGUUCCUGUUAUCGACCUACAACGAAAUGUGAAAAACUUGCCACAACAAUUGAAAAAGAUUUUUACUGAUGCAUACAUCACAACACAAUACAAAGUGUACGAGCUAUACCACUUUGAAAAACGGUUCAAACGACACUACAACGAUGUUAAACUCAUUUCUCGACAGCAACUAGAUUCAUGGUUACAGUUUUUCGACUUCUUGGAAUUGAAAAAGUACCCACAACUGUACAUUGAGAUGAAUUAUUGGCGGUAUAUAUAUAUUGCUUCCAAUUAUCAAGAAUCAUGGAUUAAUUUUGCUAAUUAUUCAAUCUACUAUAAAAAUUUUAAUCUGGCUCGACAUGUCUUGAUUCGAGGUUGGAGAUAUCUUGGUGAUUAUACAAUCUUGAUCAAAUUGAUUGAUUUGGAAGUGUUUUUGAAGCAAUUCCACCGAGCUAAAGAUUUGAUUGUUGAUUAUUUAAAAUACAAUGUAUCCGUCCCUAUUCCAAUUUACGAAAAAUUGAUUAGCAUUGAAAGGCUUUUCAAUGAUGAUGAUGAUCAUAUACUCAGUUUGUUCAAGUUGAUUAUUAAAGACACGCAAAUUGAUUGGUUUUUCAAUGUCUUGACUUAUUAUUCCAUUGACAAUCAGAAAAAGUUGGCAUUUCUUGAACAAAUGAAGGAGUUCAAGGGGAAAAAGUAUUAUGACAACACAAUGAAGUUGCUUUCGGGAGAGCUUGACAAGGAGGAACAAUCUGCUCCAAAUUUCACUCAAAUGUACGAGGAGUUACUACAUUCAGUAUAG